CUCGGGAAUUGGUGUGAGAACUGAUUAUACGAUAUUAAACAGCCAACAACCAUGGCUAGUAUUUAUACCGAUCGAAACACAUAACAAUCCUUACAUCCAGAAAUUCAUUAAGCCUGAAAUUAGGUGGUGCUGUUUCAAUCAAAUCAUUGGAAAAUGGCGGAUGAAGUGAAGUUGUAUGGCGCUGGAGGAAGCCCAUUCGUUUGCAGAGUUAAAAUCGCUUUGAAGAUGAAGGAAAUCAAGUACGAAAACAUCGAAGAAGAUAUGAGCAACAAGAGUGCCGACCUUUUGAAGUACAAUCCUGUUCAUAAGAAAGUGCCUGUGCUGGUGCAUAACGGAAAUCCGAUCGCAGAGUCUCUUGUGAUCGUGGAGUACAUCGAUGAUGUCUGGAAAGGGGUUCCGAUUUUGCCUCAGAAUGCUUAUGAGAAGGCUGUUGCUCGAUUUUGGGCCAAAUUCGUUGAUGAUAAGUGUAUGCCUGCGGCAUUCAAGGUUUUUGGCAGCAAUGGAGAUAAGCAGGUCAUUGCGGAAGCUUGUGAGCAACUUCAAAUGCUAGAAAAUGAACUGAAAGUCAAAGGUACCAAGUUUUUUGGAGGUGACAACAUUAACCUGGUUGAUAUUGCUGCUGAUUUCAUAGCCUAUUGGCUUGGAAUAAUCGAAGAAGCAACUGAAAUAAAGUUUUUCACCAAAGACAAGUUUCCAAAACUCACAGAAUGGGCUGAUGAGUUUGUCAAGUGUGAAGUUGUGAAGGAAACCUUACCUCCAAGAGGGAACAUGGUUGCAUUUUUCAAGAAACGGUUUGGUAAGGCGUAAUUAAACUAAUGGUACGUAUGCUAACAACAUAUAUAGUUAUAAAUUUUGUUGUUUAAUUUGUGGUUAUUGAAGUUGAAAUUUCUGUAACAUUUUUAUGUUGCUGCAAAUUUGCAAUAAGCAGCUCUUAUAUGCGGAUGAGUUUUUGUAAUAUGCUUAUGUUGUGAUUUUUAGAAUAUAAAUACCACUGAUCGUUGAGAUAUUGUUGGCUAGUGUGUAUCAU